AUGCAGGCCUCGCCUCUGGCUAACUUUCAGGCAACGGUUGAGCAGCUUGAAACGUCAGGCUCACAGCUCGACGGGAUUCCCGUCGACCUUGAGGAAUCUAUUCGCUUUGCUGGCGCGAGGCUCACACAGGCCGCUGGCGUCUUGCUUCGAUUACCACAGGAAGUUAUUGCACAGGCAAUUAUAUUGUUCACGAGGUUUUGGAUCGGCCCUGAGGGAGGCAGCUUGGCUGAAUUUGGUGCUGCGCACAUAUCGGCGGGAUCCCUAUACCUCGCAGCAAAGCUCUCUGCUUUCCCCAAGUCUGCACGAAGCAUAGUCAACGUCUACGCCUUUCUCGAUACGAUUCCCUCCACGUACGCCGAUCUCGAACAGCUAUGGAGGGAAAACAACCCGGAGGAAUACUAUGUCUCUCCUGGGACGUAUGAGCGGCGACGAAGCACAUUGUUCAACAUGGAGAAACAGAUCUUGAAAGUACUGGGUUUUCAGCUACAGGUUACACUGCCAUAUACUCUUGCCAUCACUUAUCUACAAGCUCUCAGUGCCUUCGACGAUCCCGGCGCAACUGACCUGGCGAAACGAACGUUCGCACAUUUGAACUCCGCACUCCUGAGUCCACAGCUUCUGCUUCUGACACACCAACCUCCAACACUGGCUACUGCCGCCAUAUACUUAGCGGCUAAAGAAACCAACGUGAAGUUGCCAGGUGUAGAUUGGUGGACAAUAUUUGACACAGAUCGGGAAGAGUUGGGAUUUUUGGUGGUCGGGUUGCUGAGCGUGGAAACAUUUGCAACCGCUGAAAAGGCGAAGUGGGCGGAUCGAAAAGUACCACUGACCGUUGAAGAGGUCAACGCCGAGAUGGACAGAAGACAAUCGGAAAAUGCAGGGGAGUGA